AUGGAGCGAUUACAACGCUUACUGUCCCAAGAGGAGUUAUUAUGGAAACAGCGGUCUAGGGUGACUUGGUUGAAGGAUGGAGAUAGAAAUACGGGCUUCUUCCAUAGGAAGGCAUCAAAUGGGAGGAGAAAGAAUACUCUGAAUGGUUUGUAUGAUGACACAGGACUCUGGUGUGAUGAUGAUUCAGGAAUGGAAAAAGUAGUAUCAUCUUAUUUUUCUAAGAUGUUUGCGGCCUCAGAGCUGGAUUAUGAAGCCAUGGAACUUACUUUAGAUGCUAUACAACCCUCGGUGACUCCCGAUAUGAUUGAGAUUUUGGGGGCACAGUAUACUAAAGAGGAGGUAAAAGAUGCUCUUUCUCAAAUGUACCCUACCAAGUCGCCUGGACCGGAUGGGAUGCCUCCCAUUUUUUUCCAACAUUAUUGGGAGACGAUUGGUUCUGAUGUUACAGCUGCAGUUCUUAGCUUCUUACAUUCAGGUCAGUUGCUUCGACAUAUUAACUUUACACAUAUCAAUAUACUAGUGGCUAACGAGGUUGCACACUUUUUGCAUAAUAAACGUGAUGGAGGUGAGGGGUGUAUGGCUCUGAAACUUGAUCUUAGCAAGGCCUAUGACCGGAUGGAUUGGUCUUUUCUUCGCAAGGGUAAACCAAGAGGUUUGGUGAUUCCGAGUAGGGGAUUGAGGCAAGGUGAUCCAUCAUCUCCCUAUUUGUUUUUGAUUGGAGCAGGAGAUGAUAGUAUGAUAUAUGCACAGGCUUCUUUAGAUGCGUGUUAUGAGUUACAGGAUGUGAUUGAGACUUAUGGUAGAGCAUCUGGUCAGUUGGUCAACUUUGACAAAAGCUCUGUGAUUUUUAGUAAGAAUGUAUCGAGUGAACUGCAAGGGGAAAUCUCGAGUUUAUUGGGAGUGGAGAUUGUAGCCUCUCAUGAAAGGUAUCUGGGGCUUCCAACUUAUGUAGGCAAGAAGAAGACUGCUACAUUUCAGUAUAUUAAGGAGAACUUGGCUAAAAAAAAAUUCUCAUUGGCAAGUAUUAUAUCUACUAGAGAAAAUUUGAAGGUUAACUCCUACUGGCAGAUUGGAGAUGGCUCCAGAGUGAAUGUGUUUUCGGAUUGUUGGGUACCGGAACUCCCUCUUGGAAAGCCUAUUGAAAGGCCUAAUUCAGUGGGGGAAGUACAAUUGGUCAAGGAAUUGAUCACAAAAACUGGUUAUUGGGAUAUUCCUCUUCUUCAGGCCUUAUUUACUCAAGAGGAGGUGGAGUCUAUCUCAAGGAUUCCUUUAAGUCAACAAGUUAUGGAGGAUAGGUUGGUUUGGAAGUUGGCCAAGGAUGGCCAGUUUUCAGUCAAAACUACUUAUAGUAGUUCGGUGCAAACUUCACCUAAUAUUGUCCCAUUUGAUCUUCCUGUGAAUGGUAGUUUUUGGCAAAAGCUUUAG